AUGUCUUGUGACCCCUCUGAGUCUUACUCAGGGCAUCAAGACGUCGCCCAGCCAUAUUGGAGAAAGACCUCAUCGCCAUAUACUGCAAGAGGCAUCUCGAGUACGAAUGCCAGAAACGACUCUACUGUCCGCGCAAAAGGUGCUCGACAUAACGCGGACCAAGACGUCGACUACAUCGAAAACAUCGAACACGCCAACGCAUACCUCGAUCCGUAUUGUCUCGGUCGACUCGCCAUAUUCACCAUGCAGCCCACUAUGACCCAAGUCUUGCUAGGCACCAGGUACACCAACCCAAAUAGGAAGAGGACUCUGGAAUACCAAGACAAGCCUACAAACGGUCGACUCGCCACAAGAUCGACUGCACCAAAUGCAAAAUCGUUCCGGUCUGAGUACGACCAGCGCGAUGUCCACCUGUAUCCGCAACACCCGCAGUACGCAUCAAACAGGACAUCGAAGAACGGGCGAGAUGAACGAGAGAGCAUCAUCGAAAAGAUCGAAUCGGAACACGCCAACGCGCCAUUCGGCAGCCCCUUGGGACUUCCACCGAUGCGAUGGCGGAGGCCUUCCGAAGACCCGAAGCAUGGCAGAUGGGAAAUCAGGAUUUGA